AUGCUCUACGUGAAAUUUGUAUUCUAUUUGAUUUCUUUUCAUUGGGCUUUUGCUCUACCUCAAAUAAACGUUCAAGAUACAGGUAGGAUAAUGAACAAUGAAAAUAAUGAUACUUUACAGCACGAUUGCUUUCGUGUCGAUAUACUCACGGAGAACGGUAAACAUAGUCGUGAGAUCGCAUUCUACUGCGUGAGCGAAUUGCCAUCGGAAUUGUCUACUGUAGCCGAUAACACUUCGAUAAAAUUCACUUUUGCUGAACUUUCAAAUCUAAGUGUCGCAAGCGAAAACCUGUACCUAUGGUCAGCACCGAUGAAUAUCGUUGAAAAUUACCAAUUCUACCUGAACGAGUUAUCAUUCACUAAUAACUCAAAUCUAUCAGAAGAAGUGUUUUACAAUUGCACAUUUCCAAGAUUUGGUUCAGUGUGUCAAUAUGAACUCGAUCCUUACCAUUCGAAACAUUCAUCGUUGAUUGAAAUCCUGGAUGAGUUUUAUCGUACAUAUAAAUAUACACCCAUGAAUUUGACAUGUUAUACACAUUUACAAUGCAAUCGUGGUCAUUCAUCGUCAUGUUUGGAUUGGGCAGAGAUAUGCAAUGGAGAAAUUGAUUGUUUCGACAGUGGAAUUGACGAAAAGGAUUGCUGGCAACUUGAGAUCAACGAAUGUGAAGAUGGCGAAUAUCGAUGCACCAAUGGACAAUGUAUAUCAAAAAUAUUCCUUCAUGAUGAUUCACGUUUUCCUGAUUGUCGCGACGGUUCAGAUGAGUUUUUGAGCAGCGCUAACGAAAAUAAUGUUUGUGAUGUGAAACAGCCACUAUUUAAAUGUGAAGACGUGCAAUGCAUCUGGAGAACGCGGACUAGUUCUUGUUGGUCUCAUCGGCAACGAGUUAUAUUGAACAACUUAUAUUCAGUGAAAGAUAAUUCAACAUGCGAUCAAUGUUGGGCUGUUUUUGUAUGUUAUGGCGUUGGAUUAUACAAAUCUAGUUUAUACAAUUGUUCUACCGUGUCUGGUAAUCGUACGCACACAGAAGUAAUAGAGCUCCAAUGUCCAGAUAUGUUUUAUAUGCCGAUUAUUCCAGUUCUAUUCGGUGACAUAUAUUUUGCCUAUGAAAAAUAUAAAUCGACUAUGAAUAUUCCAAAUCUAUAUGAAUAUCCUUAUGUAUGUUACAAUAAUUCUCGUUAUGACAAUUAUUUUAUUGAAGCAGCAAAGGAAUCUCAUGGUUAUUCAACAACAAUAUUUAAUAAUCGAACGUGUCAUCGUCUGUAUGAUCGAUGGAUUCCUGUAACAUCUGAUAUGGGCUCAAUAACUCAAACAUAUUUAACCUCGGAUCUGCUUGAAAAACUUUGGCAAUAUCAACAAGUAUAUGAAUAUGAUUCAACCAUGUGUAAAAGAUCAACUAUGUACGAAUGUAUCAAUUCAUCAAAAUGCAUUUCGAUACAUCGUUUCAAGAAUGGUGUACGUGAUUGUCCUCAUAGUGAUGAUGAAGACGAAAUUUCGCUUAACCAUACCUAUUCAUCGUUGCACCUAUCGCCAGGUGUUUUUGAAGGAGCAAUGAACGCUGAACACGCGAAAAAACAUCUUCUAUUUCAAACGAUUUGUGAUGGAUUUACGGAGUUAUUACCAAUCAACAUAAAUGGACGCAAUGAGACCGAUGAAACCAACUGUGAAUAUUGGUCGUGCGAUAAUAUUUAUACUCGCUGUAAUGGCCUAUCGAACUGCCCUAAUGGUGUCGAUGAAACGGAUUGUAAUAUAGCACCGUCGGCAAACUGUUCUUCGAAUGAAUUCUCAUGUGUUUCACCUGUGACACCCUCAAGAUUUAUGUGUUUAUCGACGAAACAAGUAGGCGAUGGUAAAAUUGAUUGUCUCGGCGCUAGCGAUGAACCGGCGUUAUGUCGUACAGAGUAUGUACAAACAAACCACUACAAUUUUUAUUGUAGAAAUCCAGGAGUGGAACAAUGCGUUACAUUUUCUGAACUAUGCAACAGCAAUACAGACUGUUUCGAUGGUGAAGAUGAGCAAUUUUGCACAACGGCCAAAAAAUAUUCUUUUUAUUCGAUUUGUUGGGCAGAGGAACGUUCAAAUGCUACUGAUAUCGAAAAUUUCUUAUGUGAGCAAAUGCAAGGCUAUAGCAAAGAACGAAUUAUACAUUUCACACUUGAACAGAAAACAAAAUCAAGAAGUCGGCAGACAGAUGAACAAAAAAGAAGUGCACUACUUCCAUUUCCAAUACCCAUCCAGCCAAAAUAUAGUUUCUGUCAUCGUGGUUUUCCUGUUAAACUCUGGUCACAAAAUCAAACAAAACAAAUAUGUUUCUGUCCACCAAGCUAUUAUGGUAACCGAUGUCAACAUCAAAAUCAACGGAUAAGUUUAUCACUUCAAUUUCAAGCAGCACCAAAUUCCUGGCAAACGCCAUUUGCCAUUGUAGUUUUGUUAGUCUAUGAUGAUAACAGCGAGCAAAUCAUCGAUUCUUAUGAGCAAUUCACUUAUUUAUCAAUACGCGACUGUGACAUGAAACAUCACGUCUAUUUGACAUACACAGAUCGGCCAAAGAACCAAACACGAAAUUAUGAAAUUCGUAUUGAUGUGUACGAAAAGAUCUCGUUGCAUUAUCGAGGAAGUUUCUUGUUUCCAGUAAAAUUUUCAUUUCUACCUGUCCAUCGGUUGUCAUUUCUUAUUAACAUUCCAAAGAGUGACACAAAUGUUGAAACUUGUUCAACAAAUCCAUGUCAAAAUGGUCCAUGUAGAAAAUAUUUAAACAAUAAACAAAGAACUUUUUGCCAAUACUCGAAAACUGGGCCGAAAUAUUAUUGUUCGAACGAUUCAUUACCUAUCGGUAUUUCUUCAAACAACAAUCGACCGAUAUGUGUCUGUCCUAUGAACAAAUUCGGUCAUCGAUGCCUACUGAAGAGCACAGUUUGUGACAAGUUUGUUUGUCAAAAUGGUGGUCAGUGUAUUCCCAUGGAUGAAUACGAAAUAACGAAAAGAUCGUCUUGCAUUUGUCGGAGAGGUUUUACCGGUGACUAUUGUGAAGUUAAUGAUACGCAAUUAAUCUUAUCAUUCGAUAAACAACUUCUGUUACCAUCAUCGAUUUUUAUUCAUUUCAUUCAAGCGAUGAGUAAUAGUAAACCAUUGCGAUCAACAACAUUUCACACAAUUGUUCUUCAACAAAACUAUCUCACUAUUCUCUGGUCGAGAAUAUUUCAUCUUAUCUUUAUUGAAUUCUAUCCAAAUAAUUACUAUUUAGCUUUGGCUCAAAAGAAUUAUACCCAAUCGCAAGAACUAAGGAAAACGAUAAGUCCAUCCGAUCGUUGUCUCCAUAUUAAUGAAACACUCAAUCACAGUAUCAGUGAAUUACCUCUUAUACAUCGUAUAAAAUAUUAUCAUUUACCUUGUCGACUUCAUCCGUCUACUCUUUCGUGUUUCUAUGAUGAUGUGCAUCUAUGUAUAUGCUACGAUUUCAGACAACAACGUUUAGCCAAUUGUUUCGAAUUCACUCACAACAUGACCUUUGAUUGUUUUGGACAAAAUGACUGUCAAUACGGAGGCAAAUGCUUUCAAGAUACGCCUAAAUGCCCCAAAAAAUCCAUGUGUUCUUGUCCUUCAUGUUUCUACGGUAGAUUAUGUCAAUUUACUACCAGUGGAUUUGGUUUGUCACUCGAUAGUAUCUUAGGCCAUCAUAUUUUGCCAAGUGUUAGUAUUGUACAUCAACCAAUCAUGGUGAAAGUAAGCAUCGCGUUGAAUAUAGUCUGUGUAGUAAUAGGUUUUAUUAAUGGAAUUCUUUCGUUAAUUACAUUCCAAAAUAAGAAAGUUUGCGAGGUUGGCUGUGGCUUAUACUUAUUCUAUUCAUCUAUGACUACUUUAGCGAUUAUGAUAUUCUUUGUUUUGAAAUUUUGGAUACUCCUUAUCGCCCAGAUCCGUGGGAUAUCGCAUCGGUUAUUUUUACAAAUUGAAUGCGUUUCUUCAAAUUUUUUACUUCGAAUUGCUCUCAAUAUGGAUCUAUGGUUACAAGCAAGUGUUGCUUCUGAACGAGUAAUAACUGUACUCAAAGGUGCACGUUUCGUCAGAAAGAAGAGUAGAACAGUAGCGAAGUUUAUCGUCACAAGUCUCUUGCUAUUCAAUAUUCUCACUUCAAUUCAUGAUCCUAUACAUCGACGUUUAAUUGAUGAGGAAAAUAAUGACAAUGAUGAAAAACGAAUUUGGUGUAUUGUAACUUAUUCAUCUCGUCUACAAGCGUUUGAUUAUGCAAUACAAGUUGUUCAAUUCUUCGUACCAUUUUUCAUUAAUCUCAUUGCAGCGACAAUUCUUCUCAUAGCGAAGACUCGGCAACAAUCAAACUUUCAAACUCAAAAGUCCAUGAAAGAAAUUUUACAAGAAAAUUAUCGUCAACAUCGACAUUUGUUCAUAGCGCCUAUUAUUCUCGUUAUUCUUGCGUUACCACGUUUAAUUAUUUCAUUUACAUCGAAAUGCUUGAAAUCGAGUAACAACGCUUGGGUACCAUCUGAACAACAUGAACUCAUUCCUGGAUUUAACGUAACAACGCAUUUCAUUACAUUUCAAUUACAAUUCCAACAAUUCAAAACUUGA